GAAGAGUAGAGUACUGAGUAAGAAAAAAAAAACUUUUCUAACUUUAACUCCAUUUGUUUGUCAUUUUGUUGAGUUGCGUUUUUUCGGACAAGCUUGAGCAAAGAGAGUGGGAGUGAGGGAGAGACAGAGAGAGACGCUGUGCAGCUGAAAGGAGGUCAAGGGAGAUAGAGAGAGAGAGAGAGAGAGAGAGAGAGAGAGAGAGAGAGAGAGGAGAGCGAUAUGGAGGAGAGCUCCAGGAGCGGUAUGAGUGUGUAACGACGCACAGGGCUCAGGAACGAAGGAACGAGUUUGGAUUGAACGCAUCGGAAUGAUGAAAACAGCUGUCCUCGCACAAGAGCCAGGAGCAUCCCCUGGGGUGACGGUGGAUCCAUUCUCCCCACUCAGCCCCGGGGAAAACUCCAGCACUCCAACUGGCACAGACUCCUUACCGCCCCUCUCUCCUGGGGCUCCGGCACCCAGACCUCCCCCCUCUCCCCUCCACCGCACCUCCACCUCCACCCCUGUCCCCAAAUCCCCCUUGUCCCCUCCCGCACCCUCCUCCUCUUCUUCUACCCCCUCUAAACCCUCCGAUGCUCCUCACAAGCCGCCCGCGCCGGCCAUCCCCCGGCCGGCGGGGCAUCAGCUCUCGAAGCCAUUCACCCCUCCGCUCCCGGCUCACCUGCCGUCCGCCCUGCCCAAACCUCCGUCUGCCGCACCCCAGCCCAGGCCACCUCUGCCUCACGGGGCCAAAGUCUCGUCCCCACCACUCCCCAGGCCCCCUCUACCCUCUGUCUUCAGACUCCCUGGUGGAGGGACCUCAGCCCAGCCAGUGAGCUCGCCUCCUGCCUCCGGCUCUUCCGGUCCUGCAUCCAGCGGUGCUGGAGGUGCCUCCACCUCUGCCUACACCUCUGCCUCCACCUCGGCUGCUGCCUCUGGGCUCCCCCUCUUCCCCUCCAUCAGUGUCCUGGAGAGGCUCAUCAAGACGUGUCCAGUGUGGCUCCAGUUGGGAGUGACUAAGGAGAGGGCCACCAACAUCCUCAAUAAGGAGUCUCCCAGGAUAUUUCUGGUAAGGAAGGAUCCCAGUCUGAAGGCACUGGUGCUUGCAGUGCGGCUUCCUGACCAGGAUGGGGCGCCACAGAUCCAGGAGCUGGUUGUGAAAGAGGAGAAAUCACUGAUCUACCUGGAGGGCUCUGUCCUUGUGUUUGACAACAUUUUCAAGCUCAUCGCCUUUUACUGUGUGAGCCGAGACAUUCUUCCAUUCACCCUAAGAUUACCACAGGUUAUCAUUCAAGCAACCAAGUAUGAAGAUAUGGAAAUUAUGUCCACUCUAGGCUUGGAGUUUUGGGGCUCUUCUCUGAACAGCCGCUUAGAGGACAGCACGAAGAGCUCUGGCGGGGAUCAUGGCAGCUCCUGCGAGAUCCAGCUAUCCGCCGGUGGUGACCGCCUCUGGUACAUCAACCCCGUCUUCGUGGAUGACCACUGCAACUCCGUCUCCCUCACCCCCACCCAGCCUGUCAUCAGGAGCCAAAGUCUCACCACCAACCCCAGCUCAGGCACCUCAGCCUUGGGGCCCAAGUACAAGCGGCCCCCUCCUCUCCCACCGCGGCCCCUGGGUACCGGCGAGGGCCCCUCGGUGCCGGUGAAGCCCUCGCCGGCGGCAACGCGGGGAACGGAGACGUCAUCGUCAGAGCUGGCGGCGUCCGCCCACGCAAAGGGCCUUCCCGGUUUGAAAACCUCAAGCCCUGUAACAGCAGCAGCAGCAACAGCGCCGCGGACGCAACAAGCGCGUGUGAAUGAGGAAGGAAGUGGUGAGCGCGAGAGCGCUGCAGCUAAAGGGGGAGCCGAGAGAGAGGAGCCGUCAUCCAAGCAGCAGCAGCAGCAUCAGACGCACGCCGCACACACACCGCCAGGCGGGAUCCCUCAGCCGGCAGCUGCGCAGAGGAAAGACAGCGGCAAGGGGAAGAGACCCCUGCUGAGCCGGCCGCCCUCCUUACGGGUGCCCCCCAUCCCCCGCCGCAGGCCCUCGGAGAGGCAGACGAGCGACGACGCGUCGAGUCAGACGACCGCGGCCAGCCAGGAAGCUCCCGCGGCCGCCACGGUCAACGCCAGGGAAGAGGAAGGGGCCACCAGCGUGGUGGUGCCCGUGGGCACGCUCAUCUGCCUGGACGGCGCGGACAUGGAGAAUCAGGCAGACAAGCCGACGGAGGCGGUGACCUCCAGCAUGGACGGCACAGCCGCUUCGCCGGAGUUCCAGUCGGCAGAGAACUUGGAAGUGGACACUGUUGUUGCUCUGUCCUCCGCUCCUCUCUCCCCUGCCAAGAAGCGCGGACCUCCGGUGCCUCCCCCGCGCCGGAAGAGGCCCUCCACGGUCGAGUCCAGCCAGGCGCAGAGCCUCUCCGCGGACCCGCCUCUGCCCCCGUCCUCCCCCGAGUUCAGCUCCCUGCCGCCCCCGCAGGGCUCCAGCACCACCCCGCAGUCCACCCGCCGCUCGCUCUCCGUGGACCCCAAGCUGGGCGACGUGUCCAUCUACUCCCCAGACGCCGCCGCCGGGAGCUUCCCCCAGCACCCGGACAACGACUCGUACUCCACCAGCAGCGCCGAGGACGAGUCCGACGCCACGGCAGGGGCAUCGGCCGCCGCGGCCGCCAACGCCGGCAGCAACCAUACGUGCGGAGGUGGCGGCGGCGGCGGUGGUGGUGGUGGCCACGCGGUGAUCAAGCGGACGCCCACCAUCAUGCUUGACCGCGCCAAGCAGCGCCUGAGCAUGGUGAACUUCAGCAGCGUGUUCACGGGCAUCAUGAGCACCGAGCAGAAGCUGCAGAAGCGCGUGGUGGAGCUCUCGCGCGACGCCGGCUCCUACUUCGGCCUCCUGGUGCGCGACCACCGAACCUUCACGCUGGACACGCUCCGCAAGCACACGUCCAGCACCGAGAUGCUGCAGGAGAUACGGCAGAUGAUGACGCAGCUCAAGAGCUACCUGAUCCAGAGCUCCGAGAUCCAGAACCUGCAGGAGCCCAACAUCUUCUCCGACGAGAAGCUGGAGUUGAUCAUCGAGGCGGCCCUGUGCAAGAGCGUUCUGAAGCCCAUCCGUGAGUCCAUCUACUCCAGCCUGCGGGACAUCCACACGCGCAACGGCACCCUGAAGCGCCUGCGGGAGAACCAGCAGGUGGUGCUGGCCACCACCACCACCGACCUGGGCGUGACCACCUCCGUGCCUGAGACGCCCAUCAUGGAGAAGAUCGCGCAAAAGCUGAGCCGCCAGCACCUGGACUACUCUCCGCAGAAGAAGAUUGAUGCGCUGCUCAAGACCUGCAAGAUGAUCUAUGAAUCCAUGUCCGUGGGCAGCGCCGGUAAGGCCCACGGUGCAGAUGACUUCCUGCCAGUGUUGAUGUAUGUGUUGGCCCGCAGUAACAUGAGUGCACUUCUGCUAGAUGUAGAGUACAUGAUGGAACUCAUGGACCCUGCUCUACAGCUGGGAGAGGGCUCAUACUACCUGACCACCACGUAUGGAGCUCUGGAGCACAUCAAGAACUACGACCGGCAGCCGGCCACGCGGCAGCUCAGCCUGGAGGUGCAGGACUCCAUCCACCGCUGGGAGCGCAGGCGCACCCUCAACAAGGCCCGCGUAUCCCGCUCCUCUGUGCAGGACUUCAUCAAUGUGUCCCUGCUGGAGGCCGGCGCCAACACCAAGACGCUGGGUGUUCGACCAGCCACUAGCGCCCAGGAGCUGUGCGCCCAGUGUGCCGAGAAGUUCGAGGUGCUGGACCCCAACAUGUACUGCCUGAGCGUGCUGGUGGACGGCGCCUAUAAGGCGCUGGCACCCAACGAGAAACCACUGGAGGUCAAGUCCGCGCUGCACCACAGCGAGCCCAGGAAGGAGUACUACUUUGUCUACCGGCGGGGCCGCUGGCCCGAGACCGAGGCAGACACCGAGAGCACCACCCCUGAGGCAAAGACGGAGGAGAAGGAGGAGGAGGAGGAGCAAGGGGAGGAGGAGGAAGUGAAAGAGGUGGAGGAGGUGACGGAGGUGGUGAAGGGGGAGGUGGAGGAGGAGGCCCAGGCAGCCGAGGGUGCCACGGUAGAGGAGGAGGAGGAGAAGGUCCAGACUGAGACCUCCUCCGAACCGAUCCCGCAGGAGGAGAGUCUUAUUUGAUGGAAGUGUGCAGGUGCGCAAGGGAGCUUUCAGGCUGGUGUUUGUGUGUGUUUGUACGGAAGACAAUGAGUGUUUGACUGUUUCUUUGUAUGUCUGUGGAAGGGCAUUGGAAUGUGUGUGUGUGUGUGUGUGUGUGUGUGUGUGUGUGUGUGUGUGUGUGUGUGUGUGUGUGCGCGCGCGUGUGCAUGUAUGUGUGUGUGUUCAUGUGUACAUUUGCACAUAUGCAGCACCCUAACAUUUUCACGGAUAUAUAAAAGGGGACUAGGGGCGUUGCUGCUUCUUUUGAAAAAAAAAAAACACAUCCUUCACUACAAUGAAAGCAACGCUCCCUGUCUCACACUCAGUGAACAAAGACUAAAGGACACUUUCUUCCCAUUGGACAAAUAUUAUAAUCCGGAACCAAUCAGCAGUCAAGUCUGCUUCAGCUCACUGGUUAUAGUAAGAUAAAUAUCACUGGCCUUUAAUGAUGACAGAGACGACCUCGGUGAACACGAAACACAGACACACGCAAUCUGUGAAAUUACCUUUCUCUCCGGUGCUUUCAACACUGGCAGAGAGGUGGAAUGAGGAACUAAGAAUUCUGCAUGUUUGUGUAAAAUUGACCAGUCUAAACAUGGAUCUUACUGUUUACUCAAUCCAGGGCAACUGUAAAUCUAACACUGUCAGUGACAGAUACAUGUUCAAAAACCAGACACUCAGUAGUAAAUCAUUAUCCUGUGCCUGAAAUCUACCAGCCACCAUCAUACAUGGCCAGCAUUGGGGUGGAGGCUGGUGCUUAUUUGCCAUCUUAUCGUUUGCGUUCUGGAGGACCUGACUCUGCAGCUGAGGAUGAGGUGAACGUCACACCUAUUCAUUAUGUGCUGCUGGGGAACCACAUGCCAGCAAUGUAGAGUGCAACAGGAAAGCGAUUGCCUUGAGUUUCAUGGCACCAGCCGUGACUCACCAUCUCAGAGGUCUGUGAGCGACAGUAAUCCCUCUGCCACCUUGGAAACAGGAAACUGACUGAAUGUUCACAUGGGACGUUCUCAUCCCAUGUUAUGGAACUGCAACUUGUGAGUCACACACAGCACAGUGUUCAUAUGGGCUCCAAGCUGGAAUGUGUGUAUAAUUUUUGUUUAUAUUGACGGAAACCUGUCUUACAUUGAACCCUUUACCUGUAAUGGCAAGUUACCUGUUGGGCAUGUGGUUUAAGAACAGUUUCUCCAUUAGGUGACCAUUUAGGCCUGGUCUAAUGUGGUCUAAUGUGGUCUAAUGUGGUCUAAAUUUGCCCCAGUUUGUUUUAAGUGAGUGAAUGUUACACAUUCUUUUACUCCUAUGGUAGAGGGUGGCAUAGCUCUUGUGUGAGCUUCGUGUGAAGUACUUUUCUGUGACAAACACUUCAGGGCUAAGAUAUCAUUCACCAUGACCCAUAAGUAAAUAGGAGGAGGAGGAGGUAAUAUGCUUCCAGUGCACACCCCAUAAUAGUAUUCUGCUUCUGUCAUUUAUUUGCGAUCAGUAUUAUGCAUUUGUUUGUUUUCAAAGUGCUGUGAUAUUUACCUCUGGAAAUAAAAAGGGAAGAUAUACAGUACAUUGAAAGGGAACAGUAUUAUUAAACUCUGAAUGUAUGAGAUAUUAUGCUAUACGUUACCACAGGGCAAGCAUCAUCAAUUCCGCUUUCAGCCUGCAAAUUGAAGACCGAGCCCUCCAAAAAUAUCCAGACUGUAACUGGGACUCAUAUACUGAAACUACAUAUGCCCCUAGCCUGGUAUAAACAAGUGGAGUUUAUUGAGUCGUUAAGUGAGAUUUUUGCUGGGAUUAGUUCAGAAUGCCACUCAAGGGAUGAAUAUAUGCUUUAUGAGAUGUGUCCAGAAUCUGACCAUAGCGAGACGCUCUGGUAUCCCUCAGGAUAGUGCCAAUGAGUGAUCAGAGCUUUCUGUGAAGGUGGUGUCAAAAUGUUUCUCUUAAACUAUUAAUUUGCUCAUUAAGCUCUAUUUUGGGGAGAGAAUAUACAAGUACAUCACAACAAAUAACCAUCUGUUCAUGUCCCCUGAAUGUUUGGGUUUUUCUGAAUUGUUGAUCUAUCAUAUUCUGAAGCUUUAAUGUGUUUGACCAUUUUUUGUCUCCCAGCUCAUGUCAUAUUGCAGAGCAAUAUAAUGACAUGAAAACGUCAAGGCAAGCUUAACCCUCAGCUCAGGUGGUAGCGACUGGUGCUAGCAAUUGUUUUGAAAAUAUUAAAAUGUAUAUGUUCUGUAAGUUGCUUUGAACUCGGAUAUUUGCAAAACAAAUAAA